GCGCUGCCCCCUCGAAUCUCCCAUACGCCAAAUACACACGAAAAGAAACAAUCGGAGAAUCCGAUUCUCAUAUCGAACGACGCUCCGUAUCGUCGUCUUCGUCUCCGUCUUCAUCUUCCUCAUCUUCAUCUCCUCCGUCGAGAAGCAGCGUCGCCGGAAUCGAUGUCGUCGCCGUCGCCGUUCGCCGACACCACCACCACCGCCCGCCUCAUGCCGCGCGCGGGCCAGUCCUUCUUCGCCACGCGCCGCCCCUGGCCCCAGUUCCUCAGCCUCCCCUCCCUCUCCCGCCCCUUGUCCCUCGGCGAGGCCGCCGACCGGAUCCGCCGCAACCUCGCCUACUUCCGCGUCAACUACGCCAUGAUCGCCCUCGCCGUCCUCUUCCUCAGCCUCCUCUGGCACCCAAUCUCCAUGAUCGUCUUCCUCGCCGUCUUCGUCGCCUGGUUCUACCUCUACUUCUUCCGGGACGAGCCCCUGUCCCUCCUCGGCCGCACGGUCGACGACCGCGUGGUGCUGGGGUCCCUCGGGGUGGUCACGGUCGUGGCCCUGGUCCUGACCGACGUGUGGCUGAACGUGCUGGUCUCGCUCCUGAUCGGGGCUUUCCUGGUGGCCGUGCACGCCACGUUCCGGGGCACGGAAGACCUGUACUCCGACGAGCUAGAGGCCGGCGACGGCGGGCUGCGGUCGUUCGUGGGGAGCCCCACGCGUGCUGGAUACGCCAGCAUUUGAAUGUAUUUCGGUGCUUAAUUUCUCUAAUUGCGGCGAACUCGGUCACUCCAUGCGACGAGAUCGGGUUUUCGGGAGCUGAAUGUGUAGUUCUUGUGGUGAAUUAGUGAAGAAGACUCGGGUAUUGCUGCGGAGGUUUCAUUGGAUGGCAGCGUCAGUUCAUACUGGGUAGUGAGUAGUACUGGUUCCAUUCUUUUUUUUGGUGGGCAACCGUUUGUAUAAUGGCCAGUGUGUAUUGACCUGAUACUGCUGAAGAUAAGUUUACAAUGAGCCACACCUUUGCUUCCA